GGAAGACAUGUGAAGACAUUUUUUUCGGAACGUGAUCACAUUUGAACAAAUGACCUGGCAUCUCUGGCUGGUAGGUAUAUGAAUGCUGUUUUGCAAUCUUCAAUUUGUACAGUGCAUUAAAAAAUGGCAUUUAUGCAUGACAUGCAUCUCACCACUGUCAUUAGUCUAGCAGUUCACUACGACGAUAUUUUGAGACUAGCGAAAAAUAAUGCUUCUUCGCCAUGUCAUCCCUACUAAUAACGAUGUGGAAGAAAUCUACAUUGUUAAGCAAGAGGAAGACCCAAACGAGAUAAAUGUUAAUCCUCUUUCAUCUGCUGGGGCCAGCCGACCUGGUGGACUGCUUCCAACAGCUUUACUUGAGAACGAAGAUGUUGAAAUUAAGGACGAACCAUUGAGUGUUCAUGGUAGUGAUGAAGAAUACGAUACUGACGAGCAGAAGUUCGAUCCUCCGACGCCUAUGUUUCAUGCACUGCCUGUGGAGGUGAAGCUCGUCGAGGAUCUUCCUAAAAAACUAGAAGCUAUAAAAAAAGAGCCAUUAGAAUUAUGGAACUUAGCUCAAACAUUGCAGUAUCAUCAAAAAUCGCAAUCUGCAACGUCGCAAUCUGUUUUUAGGUCUGCAGUAAAAUCCGAGGAAGAAAAUCAGGAUUGGGCUCGAUUUGACGACAUUCCGCUUGCCAGACGUCUUGCAAAAGAAAAGGCUAAACGACGACGUAAGAGGAAAUUAUCAGCCAAAAAUGAAACAAAAUCGGAAUCCAGUGCAAAUGGAGAUUUUCAGGACGAUUAUGACGACGAUGAUUACAAACCUCCCCAAUUAGAAGAGAUUAAAGCAGAAAAAAAGGAGAAGAAAAAGCGUCUCAAAAAAGUAAAAUCAGAGCUUGAGAAAAAUGGAAGUGAAGAUACAGAUGAAGAUGAUAUACUCAAAUGUUUUAUUUGUGUUACCGAUUAUAACGAAUCAUGGGCGUUAAUCAAACAUAUGAGACGCGAACAUAAACAAAUGCUUCCUUUCAAAUGUAACGUGUGCGUGUCUCGUGAAAUCAAGAAAUUGAAGGAGUUGAAUUUGCACUUCCGUCAACACGAUGAAACUCGGAAGCAUAAAUGCAUGUAUUGUGCUGCGCGGUUUCCUUCAGCACAGGGCCAGAGUAGUCAUAUGCGGCGAAUGCAUAGUGAAAAGUACAAUGCGGACAUGGAAAGGAAUCGUCGCUUUCUUUGUCGGUUUUGCGAUAAAAAGUUUACUAAGAAACAUGAUCUUGAAGUUCAUGAGAAACGUCAUCUAAAAGCGCAGUCGAACGAUGCUCAGUUCCUUAAACGUGAGCUCAAAUGCUACAUUUGUAAUGAAUUUGUUGGCAAAUCGAGAGAUGAUCUGAAUGCCCAUAUUGUGCAACAUAGCAGAGAGUGGCUUCCGUAUUACUGUCAAAAAUGCGACAAUAAAAAAAUUACUACUGUACGUGUACUAUGCGAACACUUACGACAGCACGAAGAAGGUUUGGCGGUAAAAUGUGUUUAUUGUGACGAGCGGUUUGUAACUUUAGCUGAUUGUCAAGCACACGAGAGGAGCCACACUGCCGAAAAAGAAGCGGAUGAGAUUUUAGAUGCUAAGAUUAUAGCUGAAACACACAAUGCUAAUGUAGCUGUUGUCGAUGGUCUGAAACGGUUUCAGUGCGAUCGAUGUGAUAGAACAUACACCUUAUUUAGUAGCCUUCGAAAACAUCAAAAUUUGCAUACUAAAAGCAACGCUUUCAUUUGCACUAAAUGUGGCAGAGCGUUUAUCAAAGCCUCAUCUUUAGCACUUCAUGAGCGUAGAAACCAUGAUGAAAAGGCCAAUUUUGGCUGCGAAGGUUGUGGAAAAACCUUUCGAACAAUUGGCCAUUUAUUGGAUCAUAGAACGCGAACCCAACAUUAUGCUGGAAGACCUUAUAUAUGUGAAGGUUGCACAAAAACUUUCCGCUUACCAGAUGAGCUCAAACAGCAUCAGGAAACUUGUUCUGAAACAGAGGCAAACCGUCCAUGUUUUUGCGGAUUAUGCAGUGAAAAUUUCGCUUCUUUGGCUAUUGCAUUAGAUCAUGUCAAAGCAGAUCAUGAUCCUGAAAUUCCCGAAACAAAAUGUCGCUAUUGUGAUUUGACGUUUCGGGAUGCUGAGCGUAUUGUUGAACAUGAAUUUCGGCACACAUUGCCUGGAAUAAUGGCUUGUACGAUGUGUAAUCGGAUUUUCAAGCAUCUAAAAAAUCUGCAAUGUCAUAUGAAAAAUCAUGGAAAGGUAGCUAUUCCCUUCAUGUGCGAUAUAUGUGGAAAAACAUUCACCCAAAAGGGUACACUCACCAUUCAUACCCGAUUACAUACAGGUGAACGCCCGUACACGUGUCAACUUUGUCAAAAAGGAUUCGUUGAUAAAAAUGAAAUGCGUCGUCAUUACAAUAUGCAUUUUAAUCCUCAGAGCAAAUUGUUCAUACCAAAUGCAGAACAAAUUGCUGCUCCCGUUGAUAUCGGAGCUCAGGGCAAAAAAUACAAGCAAUAUACCUGUAAGAUUUGUAGUCGUCAACUAACCACUUCUACUGCAUUAGCUAAGCACAUAACGACACACACAGGAGAGAAGAAAUAUCAAUGCGACUUUUGCGAUAAACGAUUCGCUCAAGGUGGCCAACUAACAGUGCAUCGACGUAUCCACACUGGAGAGCGUCCAUUUGCCUGCGAAAUUUGCGGCCAACGAUUUGUCGGUGGUAGCAAUUAUAAGCGACACGUUAAACAAGGACUCUGCAAAACUUCUGCAGUCGAUGUAGAUUUGGCCAUACCAGUACCGGUUGCUGGCGAAAUGAUGACGGAUGAAGAGCAGGUUUUCCCCGUUGACUAGUAGAUCGAUGUUUAUCAUUUUUGCAAAAAAAAAAUCAAGACCUUUAAAGAAAAAACAUUGGAACGCUCCAUCAUCAGUUAGUGAAUCACGACGAAUGCUGCAACACAGGACACUUUCGAAAACCUGCAUUCGUUUGCAAAUCAGGGCUACAGCAACAAAAAUGGAACUUGCGCGCAUAGUUUUUCUGUCAUCCCUGUUGCAAUUAAGAACAUUAGAUUCUUUUUUAAUCCUAAGUCUUAAUUAUUUUAAUAUAUUUGUUUGUUUUCUUUUCUGCGACAGCAUGUAUCUUAAGCAGAAUUAACAUAGAAUUAAUAGCCACAUAGGGUUAUCUUGAAUUCAGAGAUAUGAACCAACAGUAGUGCAAAACUUUAAAGUGCAUUUCUACAUUCAAAUAAAUUUAAAAGUAUCAAAUGAUGGAUUUGAUCGAUAACGA